GAUCUUCUGAAUCGAACGAGAUUUAGGAAAACAAACAUGGCGUCUGAUGGCGAUAUUGUGGCAGCUGUAAUGUGCCUGGAUGACGAUGUUGAAGAUUUUCAGCUAUGUGGAUCGACUACGAUGAAUACCGUUGUAAUCGGGAUUAUGACAAUGCCAUUGCGGAGAGAUUUGCCUCGAAUCGAAAACUAUGUGGAAGAAGUGGUACCAAAAUACAGCCCUGAUUCUUUCAGAACCUUUUUUAGAGUUUCUAGGAGUACUUUUGAGACAAUUGCAACUAACAUAGCAGCUUAUCCAGAAUUGCAUCCACGGCAACCAAAUGCAGGACGGCCACAAAUUUCAAUAGAAAAAGAUCUGUUGAUGGGUUUAUGGUAUCUUGGCUCGCAAGAGACGGUCAGGUCUAUUGCAGACAGAUUUGACGUAUCACUAUCAACCUUCAACGACCACAACAGGAGACUUCUGGAUGUGUUUACUUUGCACCUGAAAACAAAAUUCAUCUCUGGUAGCGGGACUGCUAAUGGUCAAAGUGGCUACGUAGGAAGUAGCGGGGACGCUCCUCCACCUCUACCUCCACCUCCAUUUCCAAUGUAA